GCGCAUGGGCAACAAAGAAAUCUUAAAGUUAUUGGUUUGACACCAUGUUGUCAUAGAAACUGAUAAAAGCAUGGCCGACUGUACUACAGUUUACGAUUACCAACCGUUCAAGAAGGUGAUGAUUAAAUACUUCACGAUUUAUCAUCGACAUUGAAUGAUUUUUUAAUAAUGUGAGAGAUGUGCGAGACUGGUCGCGUUCAGUAUCGGACACGUGUAUGGCCGUGCGGUUAGCGUGAUAGUUCAAAUUCCUGAUUGGACGAAUGUGGAAAAAAAUGAAUCGGUAUAUAACAUUGAACCAACUUGGUGACGGUACCUUUGGUUCCGUUGUUCUCGGUGAACGCAUCGACACUGGUGAAAAGGUCGCCAUUAAGAGAAUGAAAAGGAAAUACUAUUCUUGGGAAGAAGCUAUGAAUCUUCGCGAGGUCAAGUCCUUGAAGAAACUUAGCCACGCGAACGUUGUAAAGUUGAAGGAAGUUAUCCGAGAAAAUGACGUCCUAUACUUUGUCUUCGAGUAUAUGAAGGAGAACCUCUAUCAAUUAAUGAAGGAUAGAGACAAACUUUUCCCAGAACCGGUGAUCAGAAACAUGGUGUAUCAGGUAUUACAAGGACUCGCUUUUAUGCACAAACACGGAUUUUUUCAUCGUGACAUGAAGCCGGAAAAUUUAUUAUGCAUGGGGCCGGAACUGGUCAAGAUAGCUGACUUUGGAUUAGCCCGGGAAAUACGGUCGAGGCCACCCUAUACCGACUAUGUGUCGACUAGAUGGUACAGAGCACCAGAAGUAUUACUGCAUUCCACAAAUUACAACAGCCCUAUAGACAUUUGGGCUGUUGGAUGUAUCAUGGCCGAGCUUUACACAUUCAGACCACUAUUUCCUGGUAAAAGUGAGAUAGACGAGAUCUUUAAAAUAUGUUCGGUUAUUGGUACACCUGACAAAGACGACUGGCCAGAAGGUUUUCAAUUAGCAGCAGCAAUGAAUUUCAAAUUCCCAAAUUUCACGAAAACUUCAUUAACUAUAUUGAUACCUAACGCUAGUCAAGAAGCUGUGAUACUGAUGGAAGACAUGUUACAAUGGAAUCCUAUAAAGAGGCCAACGGCACAACAAUCAUUGAGAUAUCCAUAUUUCCAAGUUGGUGUACCGCGUGUGAUUAGCAGUAAGAAAAUCGGAGUAGCGUCGCAGAGAGAAUUGAUAAUGAACAAAGUCAAUCUUCCACCGCCGAUUCCGAAACAAUACAAUUAUCCGCAGCACGAAGUUAUCAAUAAUAACGUAGUACAAUCUAGAAUGCAAGAGAAGAAUAUACAACCGCAGCAACAACCGGUAUUACCAUUGUUGAAUCAUAAUAAUCGUAAACGUGAUAACCAUUCGUCUAAAUGGGACGAAGAUGAUUUCGCGGAUCUUUUAGGAAGCAAGAUAGUUCCAGAGAGCAUGGAAACUAAGCUACUACCUGAUCGAGUUUACAAAGAAAAUCGUGCCAAUUGGAAUGCCAACUAUGCCGAACCACCGGACAAUUUCAAGCAGACCAAUGCCAAUUGGUCAUUGCCUGUUUGGAACGAGACGGUGCAAUUAAAGAAUUGGAAUCAACAACAGUCGCAAUCGGCUACGAAAAACGCUAGGAAGGUCUCAGCUAAACAACAUUAUCUCAGUGUGGCUCGGUACGUCGCUGGCCAGACCACGAAUUUGUCGUCCAGAAACGGAGACACCGAUUCGCAUCAAUCAAGGGUGACGAUGAACGGCACGAUCGGUCCACCAAGUUCAGAAAAAUAUGAAGAAUUCAAUGAUUCUUUUUGGGGGCCCAGAGAGAAUGUCGAGAAUCAAACGAGACAACAUUAUCUUCCAAGAAAUCGUUACAUAGCCGAGCAAAACUCAAGAAUGCCUUAUCCCAGUGUUUAUGGUACGCAAAAUAUCAAACCUCAAAAUAAAUCGGCCUUACAAUCGAAUCUCUUUGGAAGUGUCUUAAAUGUUCGAGGAAGUGGUGGUCUCCAUGGUAGAACUGAUUGGGCUGCUAAAUAUCUCAAAUGACCACCACGUUACAAUUCAUCCUGAAAUGGAAGUUUUUAUUUUUACUGACACUUACCUUAAUCUGUGAUAGAAUGAUUUUAAUCGUUCCAAUAACGGUACCAUCUUGCAGGAUCGUUCAUUGUAGAAACUAGAUUUCUAUUUCGUAGUAUACAAUCCAUCAAUUGAAGCUUUCAUUUUUUUUUUUUCUUUUUCUUUUUGUAAUUUAAACAAUUUUUUUGUUUUUUUAAAGCAACGUAGAAAGUAAACGUGCGCGAUUGUUUAUUGGUUACAUGAAUAUAAAUGAAAGCUAGGAAACUCACGCAACGAUCAUAAAAUAACAUAUUUAAAUAUCAUAAUAUAGACGAAUUUCAGAGCCAAAGAAAUGGUA